GAUCUGUUUGCUAAGAGAACUUUGCUCAGAGGGCUGAAUGUUGUUUCCUAGGUGUUGCUGCUGAUUGAUUUAUUAAUUUAUUUUUUUUAUUAUUUCGACUUUCAAUGUUGAAUUAUCUUGUAAAAAAAAGAUCUGAUGUUCGAGGGCUUUCUUUUGAUGUCCCUUGCCAAUCAACUCCUUCAAAACAAAGCCUGAAGAAAUGAACCAGAAAGGAUUGCAUUGUGAGGACACAGAAGGCCAGAGAGCCUCAUUCCCAAUCUCUAUAAAGGAUACAAACGAAAGAAACAGCGUCAGUAGACUUCAGUCUGUCUACCCACCCAUAGGCUGCAGGACGUUUGGAAAAUCUUUGUCCGGCCCGACUUGUUUUAAUAUGCAGUUCCACCAGCAUGGAAAUGCUUUCCACACAAUCCACUCAGAGGACAGCCCAGUCAGGCCAAGGAUAGUGACUGUGGUGAAGCCGGGAGGGAGGAGACACCCGAGGAAGAUAACGAUACUUCUCAACAGACGUUCUGUACAGACCUUUGAGCAGCUCGUUGCAGACAUAUCAGAGGCUCUUGGUUUUCCUCGAUGGAAGAAUGGCCGUGUAAAAAAACUAUUCAGCCUCAAAGGAAAGGAAAUCCGUAGCGUGUCAGAUUUCUUCCGUGCCGAUGAUGUCUUUGUUGCAGCUGGAAGGGAAAAGCUGACUCUGAAGGAAGUUCAGGAGGUUUUGGAGGAUCUCUAUCCUGAUAGUCCGUAUUCCCAGAGCCUAAUUCAAAAAGAAUGGGAGCGUUCUCAGAAGCCCAAGAAUUAUCAUAAGGGCUCCAAGGCAGACAGCAGCUUUGAUGAGGAGUCUGAGGUUGCUAAGCAACACCUUGGUACGAACCUGGAAAGAGUCAGGGCCAAGGCCAGGCAAGAGGAAAGAGUGAAAGCCAGAAAGUGGAAGAAGGAACAAUUGGAACAAGAACAGAAAGAGCUGACUGAGAGGAAAGGAGCAAAGGAGAUUUACCAACUAAGAGAUGAGAUAAUUGAUAAAGGAGCAGUCACCUAUGCUGUGCAACACUGUGAAAAGUGUAAAAGAGAACGACAGCUCAAAGUGCACUGCAAUGCUACCAGAGAAAGAGAUGGGUCACCUGGAAAGGAAGUCCAUAGGAGGGGAAAAGAGCAGCCUGAUGACCUACACUCAGAAAAGAAAAAACUAAGGCAGAGGGGUUCUAGAACAUCGCAGGAAAACUUCAAGGAAGAAAAAGAAGAGGGAGCAGAUGUGAAAGACAUCAAAAAGACUUGUAAGGAAUGCUCCAGGAGGGAUAAUGAACACAAAGAAAUGUCUCCUGUUCAUGGACAACACAAGGUAGAAAGGAAGAAGGUACAAAAAGAAGAAAAUCCAGAGGUACAAAAGGAACCAAACACAGCAAUUCAUGAAUCUGCAGUGGGGGAAGUAGAUGAGAUUCAUCAACAGAAUUACCACAAUCACGCAGAAAAGCAAAGCUCUGGAGCAGAAGAAAACUCUGAAAAAAGCAAUAAAAAGAAAGAACUUCACAAAAAGAUGGCAAAAGUAGAGCAAGGGGAAGAAGCUACUGAGAAAAUAGAAAAGGAAAAAACUCCAGCAAUGAGCCAGGAAGAAGAUGUUAAAAAAGAUUCUACAAAUAUAUGUGCUGUAAAGACUAGACACAUAAAAACACAAAGUGACAUAGAGAGCUUUUAUGAGAUUGGUCGAACUGUUGGGGAUGGGAACUUUGCAGUUGUGAAGGAGUGCAAGCUUCGAAACACAGACGUGCUGUACGCCAUGAAGAUUAUUGAUAAAGCCAAACUGAAGGGGAAGGAGCACAUGAUAGAAAAUGAGAUCUCGAUCAUUAAAAGCCUCUCUCACCCGAACGUUGUGAGACUGCUGGAGGAGUACGAAACUGAUAGUGAGAUCUAUCUGAUCAUGGAGUUUGUUCACGGAGGGGACCUCUUUGAUGCCAUCACAGAGAGUGUGAAGUUCACUGAACACAACGCAGCUCAAAUGAUCAUUGACCUUUGUCAGGCACUGGCUUACACUCAUAGUAAAAAUGUGGUGCACAGGGACCUCAAACCAGAGAACCUGCUGGUUCAACAUAAUGAGGAUGGAAGCACCACACUAAAACUGGCAGACUUUGGUCUUGCAAUGGAGGUGACUGAACCGAUUUUCACAGUCUGCGGGACGCCUACGUAUGUGGCUCCGGAAAUACUCUCUGAAAAAGGUUAUGGUCUGCAAGUUGACAUGUGGGCCACUGGUGUGAUCCUCUACAUCCUGCUGUGUGGUUUCCCUCCAUUUCGCAGUCUGGAGAGAGACCAGGAGGAGCUGUUUGAAAUCAUCCAGCUCGGGGAGUACGAGUUCCUGUCCCCCUACUGGGACAACAUCUCCGAUGGUGCCAAAGACCUGAUCAGCAAGCUGCUGGUGGUUGAUGAGCACAAGCGGUACACUGCUCUGCAGGUCCUGCAGCACCCCUGGGUGCGAUCGGGGGGCAAGAUGAACAGCCGCAACCUGCAGAGAGAGGUGACGAUGAACAUUCAGCGGCACUUCAAGAACCGCUGCAGGAGAGAGCACGCUGCUGAGCAGUAGUCAUUGUUCUGAUGCUUUCGGAUUCAUGGUCAAUUAUUCCACUGUUUAUUCCGAACCCCAUCUUGAUAACUCUGUGUACUAUAUAAUGCUAGGUGUAUUGGUGCAUACCGGGAAAUGCAAGACUCCUGUCUGGUAAUUAUGUGAUUUGUUAAAAGGAUGCUUUUAUAUCACAUAUCUAUGUUUUCCUAAUAUUACAUUUCUUACUUUCUUAAAUUCUUAUCAUGUGGGUUCUGUGCGAUUCUGUAUUAUCGUACCUGCUAAGAUCUAUUUUUGCCAUGCUUACUAAGUAUUUCAGCAAGAAUUGCUUCUCAAAAGACUCCUAAAUGCUGAUUGUGGGACAGAGGUGGGGAAGAAUAUUAACAUUACCCUUUGCAUUGAAGCCUGUUAGUAAAGAAUUUAGGCACUGAAGCUUGUGCAACACUGAUAUGCUUCCCCACAUCACUUCCCCACACUCAGCCUUGAUCAGCCUUUUCAGAAGCAAGGGAAUAGCAAGUUCAGAAAUCAUGGCAAAUAAUUAUCUAAGCAGAAAUAACAAUAUAGAAUCAUACAGACACGUAUAAUAGGAUAUUAUAGAAAUAAGACAGUACAGAUUAAGAAAAUGUAAAUUAUAUUAAGUAUCCUAUUAAUAACUUGUAUUGAAUCAACAAUAAACUAAUACAAGCUUGACUAUAAGUGUGUGCAAAAGCUUGUAUUCGUACUUAGAAUUGCCUUUACGAAUACUUUAUUGACAGGUAUUCAAUAAAUUCAUUCAUUAAUGUGAUGAUUUCAAAACAAGAAAAUGUGUCCUCCCUCACGUUUACAAUCGGGUACUACUGAAAAGUAAUUUACAGCCUUGGUACACCAGUAUGGCAAUAACAAUGUCAGUGCCCCGGGUGAGAGGAAAAUGCUCUUCUAUUCGGCUUUUAAAACACUCAGUGUGGAAGUCACUUGCCAUUCACUGGUACUCAAUGGUAAACGUCAGGAAGGACAGCUUUCUUGUUCUUGUCGAUAUGCUUCGGACACCAGACCUUGAAAAUCGAGUGAUGCGAGCUGUUUCACUCAACGUUUUUCCUUCUUUAUGCAAGUCAAGGUUGUUAUAAUAAUAGAAAACACUAGUGGAAUCUUUGAGUAAAUUGUUGAUGCUCAUAAUGCAUCAGAAUAGAAAAAUGCAACAUGUCUAAGACUUUUGCACAGCAGUGUAUAUAUUUACUAUCAAGUUUUAGCAUAGACAUUGUAUAUUUUGGGAAGAUUUACAAAGUUUCUCUUCUUCCAGAUUAGAUUUUUCUAGUAAAAUGGUUUAAUAUGCUUGCUUUCAUGUAAACAGCUGUAAAGUACAUCUUGGUGCGUGUAUGGAAUAUCAACAGCACACCUGUUGUUCCCCUGCAACAUUCUGCACCCAGUGGAUGUAAGAAACGCAACACUGUCCCAAGUGUUAUUUCAUACUGUUGUAUUUAUUGCCUCCAGUAGGGGCGUCGUUUAUGGCGAAUGGUUAGACUGUGCUUUACCAGAUGUACUUAGAAAUUAGACAUAUUUCUGAGUGCUCUAUUGAGGCCAAGGGGUACUUUAACUUCUGAAAGUGACCAGGAUGUAAAAAUUGGAACAGCAAAUUAUACAAAGUGGCAACAAAACAAAAAACAAGAAGAAUGCAUUACUUAAUAUAAAAGUUCAUGCCCAUACCAAGAUUACCUUUAAGGAGCAGGAGCAUAUAAUGAGUUUGUUUUGACACUGCAAUGCAAAGGGACUGAGGUAACUACAGGGUAUUUAUUUUAAAUAAUUUUAAAAUGUGUUAGUUUAGAUUGAAUGACUAGGAUAGUAACAAAGGGCAACUGGCUAUGUUGUAAAUAUUGUAAGUUAUCUGUACAGAAUGCAAUAAUGUUGUAGAUGUAAAGAGUUUAGUUUUUGUACAAAUAGAUAUCUGCACCCACCUCUAUAAUACAUCAUGUGCACAAUGCUUUAUGCUUUAUUUUCCACGUUUUCAACAUAUGUCUAAUGUGCACCCUCCUAAAUUAAAUACAUUUUAUCAUUACAUUGUUCUGAUGUGUGUUUAAUCAGUUAAACAUAUUAUAUACUUGUUUGUCCUACCCUUAUAAAUGUUUACCAUCGCACAGUAAUUUUUCUCAUGCUUUUCCCACAGUUAUAUUAUGCAUUUAUCAUAGCUUACCAUGGCUUAGUUUUAAAUAUGCUUUAACAUACCUCUCUGGGCUUUACAGUGCUUACCUGUGCUUUAACAUGCUUUACUCUGUUGAAUUGUAUUAGGGUAUUUCCGUAAUACCACAUUACUGAACUUAAAAAGCUAUUUUAGGUACCCCCAACAAGUAUUAGGCUGGUAGAAGGAAAUACUUGCUUUAUUAUAGAAUUAUAUAUCAUCUAUUAUUUUGAAAACCCUUUUAAACAAACACUAAAUUGUACCUUUAAACUUUAACCAAUCUUUAAUACAACAAAAAGCAAAAUACACCAUUUCUAGUAAUUUAACAAAUAAUCUUUAUAAAAAUAAAUAAAUAAAUAAACUUGUUGAUUUAGUUAGAUGUAAGGUUUAAUUAUAUGUAAGGUAGAGAAUUUAGUCAUAUGUAAGGCAAAGUCUUUCAUUUCUUACAUUUAAAAUAUUGAUUCGUUAUUGUCAUUUACAAUUAUAAUUAAGAUAAGAAUGACUGAACUUAAACAGUAUUAUAUGUAGUGAUUCUGAAAGCACACAUGCGUAAGAAGAGAUUAACAUUAGACAUGUUAAAAUGGUCACUAGCAUUAAAACAAUUGUUUGAUUAUCAGCCAUAUUACCUUCCCAUUGGUAGUCAUGUUGGGCAUAUCUCAGCACAAUGUCUCACUAAGUGCUUGCAUGUGCUCUCAAUUACAAACAGAUAAACAAGCUUGCAUGCUGUGUAAAAUGACCUCCUAUGUCUACAUUCUAUACUUCCUCUUUUCUCAACGUAGUUGUUUACACAGAACAUUGCUUUCAUCACAUUCUUGCCAUAUGAUAUUCCACAACUUGCUUUGCAAUCUUGAGUUCAAUCAAAGUCUACCCUCUUCGGACGGAUAUACUCUCAUUUCUAAUUCACCUUAAAUGUCAAAUCACAACACUUGGUUCCUUUUUCCUUGUCUGCAUUCUUAAUAUAGUUGUUUGCUAUGCAGACAAAAUCUCUUUUCCUAUGAAGACAACUUAUCUCUGGUAAAUUCAGUUUCCUUCAAUAAUUUCUUAAUUUCUAACCCUACAAACUUAUUUCAUUUAAAGUAUUUGUUCAUGACAAAAGUAUUGGCACCUCUUCUUUAGUAUUUUAUAUGUCCUCCUUUUGCUUUUAUUACGGCUUUCAGACAUUUAUGCUCAUUUAUAACCUGUUUGUUACAUCUUGUUGGUGAAAUCUGUCUUACAUAUUUCCUUCAGUUCAGACAGAUUGGAUACACAAUGCUUGACUACAUGUUUUUCAGAUCAGUCCAAAGCAUUUCUAUUGGAUUGAGAUCUGGUGAUUGGGAAGGUCAUUCCAGAAUCGUUUUCUUCAAGAACAUAGUUGACUUAGUUGUAUGCUUUGGGUCGUUGUCGUGUCAGAAGAUAAACUGCCUGCCAAUCAGUCUAAGAUGUUAUCAUUGUACUUUGCAGAAUCUUUUGAUACAUAGCUGCAUUCAUUUGGUCUUCAAUCACUUGGUCUCUAGUCCCUGAAUUACUAAAACACCCCUAUAUCACGAUCGAACCACUUCCAUGUCUCACUGUAGGUACAAGGUUUUCUUCAUUGAAGGCUUUCCCUUGUUUCUCUUGAUGCAUAGUUCACACACCCUAGUCUCUGUAAGUCGCCUUGGAUAAAGGCAUCUGCUAAAUAAACAAAUAAUAAUAACAUACUAUUGUCGGUUUUUGGAGAAAAGUUAUAUUUUGGUCUCACUGGACCACAGAAUUUUGUUAAAGAAUACUUUAGAUUCCAGUUUAUAUUUCUUGGCACAUUUAAGAUGGUUUGUUUUAUGAAUGUCCUUUAAAAGUGGAUUGCAGGGAGGUCUACAUGCUUACAAUUCUUCAGUGUUCAGAUGUCUUUGUACAGUUCUUUCACGCACUAUUAUGUCUGGUGCUUCUACAUUUUCUUUAAGUCCUUGGCUUUUAAUCUUGAAUGUUUUUUAGCUGCUUGGAUGAUUCUCCUACCUCCUGUACCCAUAAACUUCUUUGGAGGUCCACUUCUUUCAAGGUUUCAGUUUAAUUUGUUAUGUGGCACUUCUUGCUUAUUGCUGAUUGUUCAUUUUGGUAUUCCAUAUGUCUUUAAUACUGCUGUGUAGCUAUUUCCUUUGUUGUAGUCUGCUACAAGUGCUUUUCUCAAAUGUGAUUCCAGCUGCUUUGUUUUGACCAUCAUCUGGUUUGUUGCCAAAAGGUUUUUCUUCAAUAUAUUUUGGAAAUAACUACAACUUGUUUGGCUAUAGACUUUGUAAUGCAGCUUAAUUAUGGUGUAAUGGUUUUCAAUCAAUUAACAGAUCGUUUAAUUGGUUCUAUACAUUUUUUACAGACCUUUAAUGUAAAGGUGCCAAUUAUUUUGUCUUGUACAAACAUUUGAAAUGCCUUAAGUUAUUUUUUUUUACAAAGAUUGUUUGUUAAACUACUAGAAAUUGUGUAUUUUGGUCUUUGUCAUAUUAAUUAGUGGCUAAUGUUCACUAAAUGCUUGCAUUUAAUGUAUUUUCUUGAAUGAUUUUACAUUAAGUAUAGGGGGCAAAUACUUUUUUUUGUGACUAUAUUUAUUCCCAAUCCAAUUAAAUUCUAGUAAUUGUAACUACAUAGCAUUCUCAAAAACACAGCUAAAAAAAUAUAAGACUUAAUGGCAAUACGUGUAGUUACAGAUAGUUCCCAACAUUGCAGUAGAUUGACGGCGAUGGCUACUUGAACCGCAUGGAUUCUUAUCUUAACUGCUUAUAAUAAAUUAAAACAUAUCCUAGACUCCUGGUGAGUGCAAUGACAAGCAGGGCCGGAGGGUGGCACCCGAUAAUCAGGGACUCUGCUUUGACUGUCUUAGGGCUUUAUCACCUAACAGACCACAGAUGGAGCUACUGUAGCUCAACUGAUCAAAAUACUCAAUUUCAAGGGUCAUACUGUAAGGUUAACAAAAACAAUUGCAUUUUAUACAGAAAUUAAAACUACUAAAAUCUAAUACAAAAUUACAUGUCCUGGUCAUUUAGUAUAAUACAACCAGUUUGCAAAAUUAGAUUAUAUAUCUAUGUCUAAAUACGUACUGGCUAUUUAACAUGAUAUUUAAAUACAAUAGAGAUGUGUUUCAACUGUUUUAACAAUUUGAAAAUCCCUUCUCAAUAAAAAUUGAAUAAUUGAUGGUAUACUACUGUUUCGUUUAUGCAAUCUGCAUGACUUGGUAAUCAUGGGCAUUUUGUGAAACUAAAAUGUAUUAUAAACGAAGACAUAACACAAACUGACGGACAGUGAUCAUUUCUAUUUAAAAAGUAUUCAAAAUAGUUUUAAAGCAACCUGUUUCUGCAUGUAAUCUGCAAGUUAUUAAAAAUUAGAUAAUAUAUAUUGAAUGCAAUGAUUAUAAAAUCUUCAGCUGUUGAAUAUAUAUAUUUUUUGUUGCAUUGGAUAAACUGAAAAUAAAAAUACACAAUGCUAUAUUUUAUUUGUUCCCUUAGGUCUUGACAUCUGGCAUAUCGUAUGCUUUCUUCAGAGUGUAGGAAAUAGAAUAUAUAAUGUACUUCAAAUAUAAAAAUCAAGAAAUCGCUCUCCAAAAUCCAGACCAGGAUGUAACAUUCUUAUAAUUUACUCAUCUUCAGCAACAAGCAGACUGUGUGGAUGUGUGUGGAAGGGAAUGUUAUGGCACUGAAUUAAAAUGUUUCUGUUGUAUACAGUUCUACAUGCUGCACACUUGUUAUUGUGAGUGGUUGAGUGUUUAUUGAAGGCUAUUAAAAUAUAUUCACCAAAGUGCCUACAUGCCUAGGCUCUCAACAAACUGUUGCAUAGAUCCCAUUAAUUAGGGGCUCAUUUUAUCAACCUAUUCCCUGACAGGAUUUGCUACAGUUGUAUUUUAGAUCAUUUUACAGAACUGCUGAAUCCUUUUGGAUUGCAUUUUUAUGUUACACGUGACAACACAAGCAAUUAAAAAAAAAAAAAUCAAUAACAAUAAUAAGAUUAAUGAUGAGACCGAAGGUGGAGUAUCCAUGUGCCCAGAAGCCCAAGAUACAAUUACAAGCUUUUCACUUUAUUGCACUUUGGAGUACUUUAUUUGUUAUUAUUAGUUGUACUAGCCAUUUACAAUAGCGUGAAAGAGUAGCACAUUUGGCCAUUUCCCUUCCCUUGUUUUUUGUAAUGCUUUUGUUUUGCCACUAAACAUUCUUUUGUUUUUGUGAAGUCUGUUUGGUUACUGUAGUAAAUUGAACUUUCAUAUUUGUGUCGGGUUAAAUACCUGUCUUUGUUACUGUACUGGUAUUUGAUGAAUUUUCCUGUUUUCUCCAUUUUCUUCCAACUUUUACAAAAAGUUUUAGCACAUUUAUAUCACUUUUUUCUUUUUUCUUGUGUUAGUAUUUUCCUGAUUUUCAACAAACAUGUCUGUUUUUAUCAGUAACAUUUUGAAAUCUGGUCGUCACUUUCAUUAAACUGCCAGUUUGUGUGCUGUGGUGAAGUCAGUUAAGAUGCCCACGCGACCUGUACACAACAAACUGUAUAAUCUUACAGCUGCCUCUACAUAGUAAGACUGUAAACUCCGGGAGUUCUAAUAUAAUCUAUAGGGCUGUAAGCGACUACUACUGAUUAUAAUAAUAAUAAUAACACAACUUGGCAAUUAUGUGUUAAUGAUUAGAAAAAUGUUUUAUUAAUUUUAAUAUAAGACAUUGAUAAAAUGUAAAAUUUGAAAAAAGGGCUCACUAGAUAUACUUCAAUACGUAUGGUGUUUUUUACAUGAGGCGCAUGUUAUACAACAAUUUAAACAAAGGUUGAUCCGCCAUACCUGUUAUACAGGGUGUGAGUUACAGGCUAAAAAUUACAGUAAGUUGUUAAUGGGGAAAUCGCUAAAUAGCCACCUGAUGGCCAUUUACAAUCAGAUCAGAUAAACACCCAUGCAAGAAAUGGCAAGAAAGUGAUCACUCUUUGAAUAUCAUUUAUUAAUCUCUGAUUUGGGUUUACAAAUCAAUUAUUCAUCAGGUUGUCUCUAAACAGUUCUUCGUAAAAUAUUUAUGAGACAUUUGGUUUCUUUUCAUUUGUCAAAUAAUUGGUCUGGAGCACACAGCUUCAAUGAGGCCAUGACAGCUCAACUCUGGGUUCUAAAGGGCCUCAUUUAUAAUUUACACCAUUUAAUGAACUACUGUAGCAUUUGAUUGAAAUCCACCCUAACACUUCAGAAAUUAAUAAGCAAAGGAAUACCUUAUGGUAACACACACACAAUAUAUGAGUACUUGUGUAUACACAAUAUAUAGAGGAUACUGAAAUAUCAUUCGAGCUAUUCUUUUUUUAUUCACUGCAGGAGAAUGUCCCAAUAAACCAUAAGACCCUCCUAAGUAUAUAGUUAAAAUAAAUAGCAAUAAAAUAAUGAUUGGGCAUGGAUUCAUUUCGAACCCUGUUUAUGGUCUCUUCACAAUCGUCUUUUUAGAUAGAACCUUGUGCUGAGUCUGUCAAUUUGCAGCCUCCCUUUUGUUUCCUACCAUUACCGGUGUUAAUGAAGGGGCUACAGGCUGCUUCAGGGUCCAAAUCAAAACAACAAUAGAAAUCUGAAAUUAUUUCAGACAUUUUAAAGCGAUUAAAACAUAUCGGUGGCAAUACUGUUUGAACUACUGAAGCGCAGCUCCGUCCUGAAUUUCAGCAGCACAGCACUGGAUUGAAAUGUAAGCAAAGACACAUUUGAAACUUGUCUUUUCACUGUACUUCGCUUAGUCCUACGAUGUCCCACUUGAUUCUUUCAAGUUCUUCUUCUAACUCUUGAAGUCUUGCUCAAUCUGAAAGAGAUCUGCAGUUGUACGUGGCCAGGGUCAGUGUUCUGUGGCAGCCUAAAAUCGUAACCCGUUGAUUCUUAGCACCCUCUGCCUUCAUGCCUACCCGGCCGCUGCCUUGGUCAACAGUUAUCCAGCCUCCGGGGAAUGAGGGCCAUGCUUUUGUCUGUGCUCUCAUCAUGGGGGGUUGGCUAUAAUUCACCACGCUGGCCAGGCAGGUUGGUGAGUGCCCCUUCCACUUUGGCCGAGAAUGUUACUCGAGCUUUCACAGCAUGGUGGAACCUGCCAGAGUGAGGGGACCCUACUUUACUUUGUCUUGAACCUGUUGUCACCCUCCUGCCACAGGCAGUGGAAGUUGGACUUUAGGAGGGAGCCCUAAUAUAUAUACGCUGCUGUGCAAAAGUCUUAGACAUGUUGCACUGUUCUACUCUGAUGCAUUAUGAGCAUCAACAAUUUACUCAAA